AUGAAUAGUGGCAAAAAUAAAAAUCUUGAAAUAUUAACCAUAUUAUUAAUUGGAAGUACAGGAGGUGGAAAAUCAACUUUGGCGAAUGUACUCAGUGGUUCUAAUAAUUACGAUGUAAGCAGUAGUUCAGUUAGUUCGACCAAAGACACCAAUGUUAAUAAUUUUGAUAUUGAUGGAAAAAUAUACAAAAUAGUUGAUACUGUGGGAAUUGGAGACACCAAAAUGACACCAAAAGAAGUAAUAUCUAAAUUAACAAUUGCUGCUGAAGCGAUUAAAUACGGGAUCAAUCAAGUUUUGUUUGUUACAAGUGGAAGAUUUACCGAUGUAGAAAUAGAUGCGUUUGAAACGUUAGAAUCAGUUGUUUUUGAUAAAAGUAUUUUCGAAUUUACUACCAUUGUUAGGACAAAUUUCCAUGAUUUUGAAGAUGAUGACGAGUGUAAAAAAGAUCAUCAAGCUAUGAUUUCUGAAAAUGAUAAACUUUCUGAACUAGUAAAAUCAUGCAAUAAACUUAUUCAUGUAGAUAACCCACCAAUAACAAAGCGUAGUAAACAAGUCGCAGAAGAGAUCAGAGCAGAAUCAAGAAAAAAAUUAAUAAAUUACUUGAAGACUUGCACUAAAGUUUAUGUACCGGAAAAGUUACAAGAAGCUGUGGAUGCAAAAAUAAAUGGUUAUAUGACACAUAAAGAAAGAUUACAGAAAGAAGUAAAUGAUUUGUAUGGACAAUUGAAUGAAGGAAAUAAAAAACGAAAAGAGUUAGAUGAGAGAAUUAAGGAAUUACAAAAAGGCGGUUGUAUUAUUUCAUAA